AUGAACACGGAGUUAAAGUUUUGCAUUAUUAAUGGAUAUAUGCUCCGCAUGAGGUCUUUUCUCUCUUCGGCUUCCAAGCACAAACAUAGUGCUGUUUCCGAAGGACGAACAGUUGCAACACCAGCAGCACUCUCGCACUUCCUGCUGCAGAUGGAGCAAACCUUCAUUGCGAUCAAGCCUGAUGGUGUGCAAAGAGGAUUGAUUUUGGAGAUUAUAGCCAGAUUUGAACGUUUGGGAAGGAAAAGGUGUGAUUAGAUAUGGAAGGAAGCUUAUUGGAGCCACGGAUCCAUCCAAAUCAAAGCCUGGAACCAUCAGAGGUGAUUUGGCCAUUGUUGUUGGAAGGUACUGCUUCUAAUUUAUAGAUUUUUAAACUACAUGGUCGUUUCUUGAAUCUAGCCACUGUUUGUUUUUUCCUUUUUCUUUGAACAAAAUGACAUGUUUCCAAAUGAUAUGCUGAUGUUAGAUACACAUGUUAUCAUGUUCGUUUGGGUUGGUCAAGCGAUUAACAAAAGAGAAGUGUUAGGGAAGUAGGCAAAUACUCUUUUAGCCCCCGUUUGUUGAUUCCAGGUUCUUUGUUAUAUUUUUUAGGCUUUUUUCAUGAUGUAAUGAUGAUUUUUUUAAAUUCCAGGACAGGAUGCCCAAGGAGCAAUCAAUGAUUUUAAGUGUCACUUUAAAUCAUAUACACAACACAUGAUAAUAAAAUUUUAGUUUCAUGAAUUUGAAAUGAUCAGAAUCUAAUCUUUUUUGUUACAUGGUUUUGAUUAGUAACUAUUAUAUUAAUAUCUAUUUGAUUUUUAUUGCCUGAGAUUAAUCUUUCCUUGCAUGCAGUUAAAAAAAAUCUUAUCUUGCUCAACUUUCAUUGAUUUAUUUUGACCAGAUGCAUGCGCAUUUCAAUUUUGGACUCCUAAAUGCAUAUUUACUUGUACAAAUUCCUUUAUGUUUAUGAAAUGCCUAUAACUUUUCAUAUUAUUUUAUUAUAAGAUAUCAUUAAUCUUUUAUAUUAUUCAGUUUGUUGGCUAAAUGAAACAAUUCCUUUUAUGGUGUAAGGAGAAAGCUUGAAUGAUACAUUUGCUAGCUCUAACAUGUUUAUCAUGCAAAAAAAAUGGAAGAGACUGAGGUACCCCACAUUCUAGAUUUGCAGGCCAAGACCCUAUUUUGACUAAAGUUGUUGAAUUUCUUUGUGGUGUAAAAGAAUUCACCAUGGAGGUGAAUUUAUGAUUGACUUUCUUUAAUCUUUCUUUUUGCUUCAUUAGUUUGUCACAAAUGUAAAUUCUUGCUUGGUUUGUUCUUAACAAGAUCAUGUUUUCCUGAUUUUUAGCCAUUUGUUGUGAUUAAAAGGAUGUUUCACGUGGUAUGAGAGAUACACUGGCUUGUAGUUAGCAUAUGUGUCAUCUACAUUUGUCCUCAAGCAUAAUUUAUUCAAAAAUUUUGCUAAUUCUUCCAACUUCUAAUUGGAUCACAAGGAGAACUUCUUGGGAGAAUUCAAUGAAUGUUAUACAUCUAUGAUUCCUUGGAACAAACAUUGAAACCUGGCCAGGGAGAAUGGACCAAUAUUAGUCAUGGUAACCCAUAUAGACUAAAUGAUUUGUUUAGUAAAAGUAACCAAACAAUUUUUAGUCCAUGUUAUAUGAAUAUAUUGGUAGAUUUUUUUUUAUAUCAACUAAGUUAAGUCCAUGAUUCAAGAACCUGGAGACAUGGUUGGUUUAUGACAGGUAGUUAUUGUAUCUAUAAAGAAGCUGGUUGAUGUCCAUUUCCUGAAUUCAAUGUUGCUGCUCAAGUUUGAACAACUCAUCAACUCUAUUCCCAUUUUGGAAAAUGUUUGGUAUCAUGAUUUCUUCUGGUUGUAUUUAAGAUAAAAAUAGGAAAUAG